AUGUAUGGCCAAGAUGAAGAGGUUUAUGAUCAAGAUGAUGAGAGUGAUGAAAUCACAAUGGACAUCUGGCAGGAAGCUUGCUGGAUUGUCAUCAGUUCAUAUUUUGAUGAGAAAGGUCUUGUGCGACAGCAGUUGGAUUCCUUUGAUGAGUUCAUCCAGAUGUCUGUACAGAGAAUAGUAGAGGAUGCACCACCGAUUGAGCUUCAGGCUGAAGCUCAGCACACAUCUGGUACAGUGGAAAACCCUCCUCGCUACGUGCUAAAGUUUGAGCAGAUUUAUUUGUCUAAGCCAACACACUGGGAGAAAGAUGGUGCGCCAAGCCCAAUGAUGCCCAACGAAGCUCGCCUUCGAAAUCUUACGUAUUCCGCUCCCUUGUAUGUAGAUAUCACAAAGACUGUAAUAAAAGAGGGCGAGGAUCCGGUGGAGACAAUGCAUCAGAAGACAUACAUAGGCAAAAUCCCUAUCAUGUUGCGGUCCACUUACUGUCUCUUGAGUGGCCUGGCUGAUCGUGAUUUAACUGAGUUGAAUGAGUGCCCUCUUGACCCUGGUGGCUACUUUAUCAUUAACGGCUCAGAAAAAGUGUUAAUUGCUCAAGAAAAAAUGGCCACAAAUACUGUGUAUGUUUUUCAGCAGAAGGAUUCCAAGUAUGCUUUCAAGACAGAAAUCCGUUCUUGUCUGGAGCAUUCUUCUCGUCCAACCAGUACACUGUGGGUGAACAUGAUGGCAAGAGGAGGGCAGGGAUCGAAAAAGAGCGCCAUCGGACAGAGAAUCAUUGCAAUCUUGCCAUACAUUAGGCAGGAGAUCCCCAUCAUCAUUGUGUUCAGAGCCUUGGCUUUCGUAUCAGACAGGGACAUCCUGGAGCAUAUUAUUUAUGAUUUUGAUGAUCCUGAGAUGAUGGAGAUGGUUAAACCUUCAUUAGAUGAAGCCUUUGUCAUCCAGGAGCAGAAUGUAGCUCUGAACUUCAUCGGUGCCAGAGGUGUUAGGCCAGGUGUUACCAAAGAGAAGCGAGUUAAAUACGCCAAGGAAAUUUUACAGAAGGAAAUGUUACCUCAUGUUGGUGUCAGCGAGUUUUGUGAAACAAAGAAAGCCUAUUUCUUGGGGUACAUGGUGCAUAGGUUACUCCUGGCAGCCCUUGGUCGUAGAGAAGUUGAUGACAGAGAUCACUACGGGAACAAGCGUUUGGACUUGGCAGGUCCUUUGCUUGCAUUUCUGUUCAGGGGCCUUUUCCGCAACUUGAUGAAGGAGGUGCGAAUGUAUGCUCAGAAGUUUAUUGACAGGAGCAAAGAAUUCAGCAUGGAGCUGGCUAUCAAAACCAGAAUCAUCACCGAUGGCUUGAAGUAUUCUCUGGCCACUGGCAACUGGGGUGACCAGAAGAAAGCUCAUCAGGCUAGAGCCGGAGUCUCUCAGGUGUUGAACAGACUUACAUUUGCAUCCACCCUGUCACAUUUGCGUCGACUCAAUUCUCCAAUCGGUAGAGAUGGAAAGUUGGCACGUCCUAGGCAGCUGCACAACACCCACUGGGGCAUGAUUUGCCCUGCAGAAACACCAGAGGGUGCUGCUGUCGGUCUGGUGAAGAAUUUGGCCCUCAUGGCUUACAUUUCUGUCGGAUCCCAGCCAUCACCAAUUCUUGAGUUCUUGGAGGAAUGGAGUAUGGAAAAUCUUGAGGAAGUUGCUCCCUCCGCAAUUCAAGACGCUACCAAAAUUUUUGUCAACGGAUGCUGGGUGGGCAUACACAGAGACCCUGAUCACCUCAUGACCACUCUUCGCAAACUCAGAAGAGAAAUGGAUGUUAUCGUUUCAGAGGUGUCAAUGAUUCGGGAUUUUGCUGACAGGGAGAUUCGCAUUUACACUGAUGCUGGUAGAAUUUGUCGACCUCUACUCAUUGUAGAAAACCAGAAGAUGCUUCUGAAACAGAGUCACAUAAAACAGUUGAAACAAAGAGAGUACAACAAUUACAGCUGGCAAGAUCUGGUGGCCAGUGGUGUGGUGGAGUACAUUGAUCCGCUAGAGGAGGAGACGGUUAUGCUGGCCAUGACCCCAGCAGACUUCAUGCACCAGGAGGGCAAGGACGUGUCAUACUGCUCUACUUAUACUCACUGUGAAAUUCACCCGGCAAUGAUCCUUGGUGUUUGUGCCUCCAUCAUUCCAUUUCCUGAUCACAACCAGUCACCUCGUAACACAUACCAGUCUGCUAUGGGUAAACAGGCUAUGGGCGUGUACAUCACAAACUAUCAUGUGCGGAUGGACACUCUUGCACAUGGAUUGUUUUAUCCACAAAAGCCACUUGUUACCACCAGAUCCAUGGAGUACUUGCGGUUUAGAGAGUUGCCAGCAGGGAUAAACUCUAUUGUAGCCAUUGCCUCCUAUACUGGAUACAACCAAGAGGACUCUGUCAUUCUCAAUGCUUCUGCCAUUGACAGGGGAUAUUUCAGGUCUUUCUUCUUCCGUUCGUACAAAGAAUCAGAAUCAAAGAAAGGCCUUGAUCAGGAAGAAAUUUUUGAGAAGCCAAAUAGAGAGACAGUCCAAGGAAUGCGGAUGGCCAUCUAUGACAAAUUAGAUGAGGAUGGUAUCAUUGCUCCUGGCACUCGUGUAUCUGGAGAUGAUGUUCUCAUUGGCAAAACCAUGACACUGCCUGCCAAUGAUGAUGAGCUGGACAGUACAGCUCGAAGAUUCAGCAAACGAGAUUGUAGUACUUUCAUGAGGCGCAGUGAGACUGGUAUUGUAGAUCAGGUCAUGGUCACCAUUAACAAUGAAGGUUACAAAUUCUGCAAGAUCCGAGUUCGAACUGUGAAGACGCCUCAGAUUGGAGAUAAGUUUGCUAGUCGGCACGGUCAGAAGGGAACAUGUGGGAUCACAUACAGGCAGGAGGACAUGCCGUUUACAUGUGAGGGCAUUACACCAGACAUCAUCAUCAACCCUCACGCUAUCCCAUCUCGUAUGACUAUUGGUCACUUGAUUGAGUGCUUGCAGGGAAAAGUUGCUGCAAAUAAAGGAGAGAUUGGAGACGCCACUCCCUUCAAUGACACGGUCAACGUACAGAAAAUCUCCAAGCUGCUGCAGAAGUACGGGUACAAUCUUCGAGGCAAUGAGGUGCUGUAUAAUGGUUUCACUGGACGCAAGUUGAAUGCUCAGGUCUUUCUUGGGCCAACAUAUUACCAGCGUCUGAAGCACAUGGUGGACGACAAGAUUCACUCCAGGGCUCGAGGCCCUGUUCAGAUUCUCAACAGACAGCCUAUGGAGGGAAGAUCACGUGAUGGUGGCCUUCGUUUUGGUGAGAUGGAACGAGAUUGCCAGAUUGCCCACGGUGCUGCCCAGUUCUUGCGUGAACGUCUCUUUGAAGCAUCAGAUCCAUAUCGAGUACAUGUCUGCAAUUUGUGCGGCCUUAUAGCCAUUGCCAACCUCCGCAGUCAGACAUUUGAAUGCAGGGCUUGCAAGAACAAAACUCAGAUUUCUCAGAUCCGUAUUCCUUAUGCCUGUAAGCUGCUGUUCCAAGAGUUGAUGUCCAUGAGCAUUGUGCCCAGAAUGAUGGUGAAUGCUUGA